AAAGAAAAAACGUGCGAGGCUUGCGAAACAAGCAUACGGCACUAUCAAAAUUUAUGAAUCGAUCCUUGGAUUUUGCAAAAACUUUUGUCGUGCAGAAAGUUGGGCGAAGCGUCCUUUCGCAACACUGCCGCGUGGGGUUUGCCCACGGCCCUUUUUAACUGCUUUCUUGUUGAUUUUUUAAAUAAAGUUUCGAUUUUUCUUUUUUUUUCGAAUGAAAAUGUUAUCCAAUUCGAAAAAAGAGAAAAAUACAAGUAAAAUCGAAACUUUAUUUGAAAAAUCAACAAGAAAUUAAUUUUUGCAAAAUCCAAGGAUCGAUUCAUAAAUUUUGAUAGUAGUUGUCAAUUGGCUCCGCCCACUGCAUCAUUUUUUGGUAAAUCCUGUUUUGAACUGCAUUCUGUUUUGGUGGGGCCUCGAGACCACAGCUUUACAUGGAGGCUUAGCCCAUGCACCAAGUGAAGAGCUAGUCAUCAAUGCAUCUAGACUGGAAGGAUCCAUCGCUUCCCGAGUAAAGUUGCUUGUGAUCAAAGGUGUCAGUGUCCCCUAAAAAUUACAAAAACGGGACAACGGGAAUUCCCGUUCCCGUGAAAAUUUUUAAAACGGGACAACGGGAAUUCCCGUUUCCGCGAAAACACCCAAAAAACGGGACAACGGGACAUCCCGUUCCCGUGAAAAUGACAAAAACGGGACAGCGGGAAUUCCCGUUCCCGUGAAAAUUUUAAAAACGGGACAACGGGAAUUCCCGUUCCCGUGAAAACACCCCAAAAACGGGACAACGGGACAAACGGAACACGGGAAUUGACAUCCUUGCUUGUGAUGGGAUUGGAAUCGGACAAAAUCAAAUGCAAGGUCGCAAUCAUGGCUGAAAUUAAGAGUAGAGGGAAUCUGAAAAGCUCCCGAAAAAUUUUUGAAUCAGCUGCAGCAAAAUUUCCGAACUGCCAAGCUAUAAUAACCGGACGAGUCAUUGUAGAAGAGAACGCAAAUCGCGGUGCUGAGGCUGAAAAGCUUACCCGUGAUUUUAUCACCAAAAAUACUGACGUCAGCGGAGAUGAGUUGAUAAAAUUUAUCAACUACAUGGAGACCUACGAUUCCAAGUUUGGUUUAAAGGCUGCAAUUCAAGUUGCAAAGGACAAUCUUCCAUGGGCCGGCGAAGAGAACAUAGACCAAUGGGUCAACUGGGUCAACCUACUGAUUAGUCUGAAAAGUUUCAAAAGUUCCAAACUUUUCUGUGAACACGGCAUGCCAGCAGCGUUGGGGAGUGUAUCUUUUCUUAAGUUUUUCAAUAGAUCUUUGCGAAAACUGUAACAGGAUCGACACUGACCGAAGCAGAUCAGGUGUUCUCCUGGAUCCAGGAACACAACAAGAAAUUGCGGGAAAAGACGGCUAAUGUGGUGCAGGAUGAGAGCGGCGACGAGUAGGAUGCAAUCACAAAAUUUAUUGCUUUAUAAUUUUUAUAAAAUCCGCUGUUAUUAAUAUUGUAAAGAAUGUUGAGUAAAUAAAUUUAUUAUUUAAAAU